GAGACCAUGAAUAAGUCAGGGAUAUCUACUGUGACAGAGUUCAUCUUGUUGGGUUUUCCUGGUCCCUGGAAAAUACAGAUCAUCCUCUUCUCAAUGAUUUUGUUGAUCUAUAUCCUGACUCUAACUGGGAAUAUAGCCAUCAUUUGUGCAGUGAGGUGGGACCGUCGACUCCAUACCCCUAUGUAUGUGCUCCUGGCCAACUUCUCCUUCCUAGAAAUCUGGUAUGUGACUUGCACAGUCCCCAACAUACUGGUCAAUUUUCUUUCAAAAACCAAGAUCAUAUCAUUCUCCGGUUGUUUCACUCAAUUCUACUUCUUCUUUUCCCUGGGAACAACUGAGUGCUUCUUCCUCUGUGUCAUGGCCUAUGAUUGGUACCUGGCCAUCUGCCGUCCACUACACUAUCCCUCCAUUAUGACCAGGCAGCUCUGUGUCAUUCUGGUGUCUCUUUUUUGGCUCAUUGGUUUCCUUGGACAUGCAAUUACUAUUUUCUUCAUUUCUCAACUACCCUUUUGUGGUCCCAACAUUACUGAUCACUUUCUGUACGAUGUGGACCCACUGAUGGCAUUGUCCUGUGCACCUGCACCCAUCAUAAAGCAUGUAUUCCAUUCUGUGAGCUCUCUUAUCAUCAUUACCACCAUUUGGUACAUUCUUGGGUCCUAUGCCCUGGUGCUCAGAGUUGUGCUUCAGGUUCCUUCUUCAGUUGGGCAGCAAAAGGCCUUCUCUACCUGUGGAUCCCAUUUAGUUGUAGUGUCUGUGUUCUGUGGAACCGUAGCAAUGAUGUAUGUGAGUCCCACGUCUGGCAGCUCAGUUGCUAUGCAUAAGAUCAUCACACUGAUAUACUCCGUAGUGACACCAGUCUUAAACCUCCUCAUCUAUAGCCUACGUAACAAGGACAUGAAAGUUGCCCUCCAUCAGGUCAUUUGUGGAAUGAGAAUCAUCCAACCUUUGUGA